CCACGGUGUAAGACUGUGAUUCGGUGUAAGAAAUAUACAGUACACGGUAUACAAUGGUUCGUUCAUUGAAAACAUUCGGUCUUGUCGUGUUCAAAAAGAAUCGUUCAUUUUGAUUCACUUGCGUCUUGCUCGCAUCUGAUCUGCUCGCAUCCGCUCAAGCAGGUUGCGUGGUCCCCGAAAAGUGUGGUUAAAUUUUAUUAACUUCCACUAAAUUACGUGAAUAAAUUGAUUCAUCAUGGCAACAAUAGUAGACAAAAUUGCAGCUAUAGAGGCUGAGAUGGCCAGAACCCAAAAAAAUAAGGCAACAGCGGGUCACUUAGGUUUAUUAAAAGCUAGGAUAGCCAAAUUAAGGAGAGAACUAAUUACUCCGAAAGGAGGCGGCGGUGGUACGGGAGAAGGAUUCGACGUUGCGAAAACUGGCGAUGCUCGAAUAGGAUUUGUGGGAUUUCCGUCCGUGGGAAAGUCCACUCUCUUAAGUAAUUUAGCAGGUGUAUACUCCGAAGUAGCAGCUUAUGAGUUUACCACAUUGACAACUGUUCCUGGGUGUAUUAAAUAUAAAGGAGCAAAAAUUCAACUGCUUGACCUCCCAGGUAUUAUUGAAGGAGCCAAGGAUGGAAAAGGAAGAGGUCGUCAAGUUAUUGCUGUUGCAAGAACUUGUAGUCUUAUUUUUAUUGUACUUGAUGUUCUUAAACCUUUGCAACACAAGAAGUUAAUUGAACAUGAACUUGAAGGUUUUGGAUUAAGAUUGAACAAGAUUCCACCAAAUAUUGUUUUUCGUAAAAAGGAUAAAGGUGGUGUUAAUCUUCAGACAUUAGUUCAACAAUCAGAAUUAGAUUUAGACACUGUUAAAACCAUCCUGUCAGAAUAUCGCAUUCAUAAUGCUGAUAUUACAUUGAGGUAUGAUGCUACUAGUGAUGAUCUUAUUGACGUUAUAGAAGGCAAUCGCAUAUAUGUUCCCUGCAUUUACCUCCUAAAUAAAAUUGACCAGAUAAGCAUUGAAGAGCUUGAUAUUAUUUAUAAAAUUCCUCACUGUGUUCCAAUAUCUGCUCAUCACAAGUGGAACUUUGAUGACCUGUUGGAGAAAAUGUGGGAAUACCUUCGCUUGGUCAGAAUUUACACUAAACCUAAAGGUCAGUUACCAGAUUAUGAAUCACCGGUUGUGCUCCAUUCUGAGAGGCUUACUGUUGAAGACUUUUGUAACAAAUUGCAUAGAUCAAUUGCAAAGGAAUUCAAAUAUGCUUUGGUAUGGGGAUCAUCAGUAAAACAUCAGCCACAGAAAGUUGGAAAAGAUCAUGUUUUGAACGACGAAGAUGUGGUACAAAUUGUUAAGAAAGUAUAGUGUUGGUGGUAUUGUCUCUACAUGAUACAAUUUUAUCCUUUAACCUUUUUUGAGGCAGGAAAACAGAACGAGAAAAUACCUUUAAUAAUGUUAUGUGCAAGUUUCUGGCUUUACCAGUCCUUCAAUGAUUGGCUUGGUAUUUCUAAAGAAAUAAACAUUAUUCACUUCUUCAC